AAAGGUAGGGUGUGGGUUGGAUAACACCAUAGCUGAUGAGAAGUCACAUAAAUGAGUUGUGGUGGAUUUACCGGACAUACCAACCUACCUUAUCUGACGACCCCAAUCAAUCCUCCCUCAUCUCUUUCACCACACAAGCACAAGCACAAGCCAUGGUGUCGUUGGCGCAGCAGAUUGGUGGACUGAGGUGCCCAUCUCUCUCCGACACACGCCUCUCAAGAGCAGCAGCAUCCUUCAACAACAACCACAACCUGAAGAGAGCCUUCACAACCAAGGCUGCUGUUGCUGUCUCAAACGCACAGACCAGAGAGCGAAUGAAACUCAAAGAGAUGUUCGAAGAGGCUUACGAGCGCUGCCGCACCUCCCCCUACGAAGGCGUUGCUUUCACCGUUGAAGACUUUCACGCUGCCAUCGAAAAGUAUGACUACAAUUCUGAAAUCGGCACCAAGGUCAAAGGAACUGUUUUCAGUGUAGAUGCCAACGGUGCAGUUGUUGAUCUAACUGCCAAGUCAUCCGCAUUCUUGCCUAUUAGGGAAGCCUGCAUUCAUGGCAUUAAGCAUGUACAAGAAGCAGGCAUUGUCCCAGGUUUACGCGAGGAAUUUGUUAUUAUCGGUGAAAAUGAACAUGAUGACAGUUUAAUUUUGAGUUUACGCCAAAUUCAGUAUGACUUGGCCUGGGAACGCUGCAGGCAGCUGCAAGCUGAAGAUGUUGUAGUUACCGGCAAGGUCGUUGGUGCCAAUAAAGGUGGAAUUGUAGCUGUUGUUGAAGGCCUUCGCGGAUUCGUUCCCUUCUCUCAAAUUUCCUCAAAAUCAAGUGCAGAAGAGCUGCUUGAGAAGGAUCUGCCACUCAAGUUUGUGGAAGUAGAUGAAGAACAAUCAAGACUUGUUCUAAGCAACCGGAAGGCCAUGGCUGAUAGCCAAGCACAGCUUGGAAUCGGCUCCGUUGUCACUGGAAGUGUUCAGAGCUUGAAACCGUACGGGGCUUUCAUUGAUAUUGGUGGAAUCAACGGUCUUCUCCAUGUCAGUCAAAUCAGCCAUGAUCGUGUAUCUGACAUCGCAACCGUCCUACAACCCGGUGAUACCCUCAAGGUCAUGAUAUUAAGCCAUGACCGUGAGCGAGGCCGAGUUAGUCUAUCUACUAAGAAACUGGAACCGACUCCAGGGGACAUGAUUCGUAACCCCAAAUUGGUUUUUGAGAAGGCAGAAGAGAUGGCUCAGACAUUCAGGCAAAGAAUCGCUCAAGCAGAAGCCAUGGCACGCGCGGACAUGCUUAGGUUCCAGCCGGAGAGUGGGUUGACACUGAACUCAGACGGCAUAUUGGGUCCGCUGACCACAGACUUGCCCGCUGAGGGCCUGGAUUUCAAUGAAAUUCCCCCAGUUGAAGAUGAAGAAUGAAUAGUCUUGGCUUGACUUUAUGAUGUCAUUCUGUAUUUUGUGUCUAAAUUUAAUGAGAGAUAUAAAGAAAAGUACAGAGAGAUGAUCCGGUCACUAGGACAUUCUUUGUUAAUGAAACCAAAUUCUUGCUUCAACUUGCUUUUUUUCUCGGUGAAUCAGAUUCAAAUGGGAUAGAUAGACACUAAUGCAUGCAAAAUUCUA